AGUGGUCCUGAGGAAGAGUACGGAGUCGAUCCCGAUUUAUUCGCAAAUCGAGAAAUGUGUGGAGUUGUUCGUGUCCUGCUCGAAGGGCUGGAGAAGCGAGGCUGUUUAGGUGAUAGGAUCAUAUCUUCGCUGUCUCAUUGGUCGACCGCAACUGAGCGUUAUUAUUUAAUAACGGCCUUCCAUGCGGCCUAUAUGAGGACCUCAAAGCAUCUGGACGAGGUGUUUGCGUUCUUUGUACAGAGUUCGGCCUUUGCCGUUGAUGCCCGCGAGCAAUUCAAGGAGGAGAUCGAUUCGCAAAUAAAACAAUGUGAAGAUGAGGCGGCGAAGUUGCCGGCGCAUGCGCGGGCUCGAGUCGACGCUCUACUCGCUGGCGGAGGUGGUCUUGGUGGGCGUCAAGCACCACAUCUUCGAGGGCUUCCACCGCAAAGGGAUCAUCACGUCCAAAGACCGGGAUGAGCUCGGCGAGGGCCUCAUGCAGCUCGAGCACCACCUCGAGAACUGUCGGGAAUUUGCCCAGGCGGAGUUUCGACGAGCGGCGCGCGCGAGCCAGCGGCAUUUAUCCUUAAGACGGGGCGCUUCACGCGUGGCCGACAUCGAGGCCUCGUCCAUAAAACAGGAGCUCACGGUCAUCGACCAACUGCAGGAUUCGAUUAUGGACCGGCGCGCGGGCGUGACGGCCGCGGCGGCGACGGCCGCUUCGCCUCAGGCCGGGCGGGCGCUGGCCCACAUGGAGCGGGCCCAGGACCUGUCGGGGCGGCACCUGACGCACUGA